UACUGGUGAGUCAUUUCUCUGAAGCUUAGGGAGCCCUGGGAAAAGGGAAGGUACAUUUAGGUGAUUUCUCUCUGAAGCUGCUUCCUUUUUCAGUGGAGGGAUGAUGUGAAGAAAAAUUGGUUAAUAAAGUUCUGUUGCGGAACUUUUGCCCAAGAAAUGUGCCCACAGGCUGGCAAGAGGACACUGCCCUGCUCUGUCGCGAUAUGUCCAAGUUGUAAGAGAAUCAGGGUAGUACCAGCCAGUCCUUCGGUUGUUUUUCACAUGAGUGAACAGUCUAAUAUAAUGACCAGUGUCUGUCCAGUUGUGUUUCCCACCACAUUCCACGUUUUCUUAUGAUUUGUGAAUGCAGAGGCUCAUUCCUAUGCACAGCUCGUGUAUUAAUUGCCUCAGGAACUAACCAAUCAAACAAAGGACAAACUUGUUAAUUAGGUGUUUGGGGUAAGGAGAUAUUCCAAUUCCUAACACUUCUUAAUUGAGGGUUUAAAAAAAUGUUUUUUCCUUGAGUCCCUUCUUGAAAAAUCUUCCUAAAACACAUAUGUGCACAUGUGAUCCUUCCCUUGUGCAGUAGAGUUGCCCAGUGCCCUCAGCUCAGCGUUCCCAGUGUUCAUCCUCCCCUCAUGGCACUGUAAGUGUGCAAGGUAGACCAGAUGGCUAAAAUAUGUGCCAAUAUAUUUAGAUGGCUAAAAUAUGAGUGUUUAAGAACAAAUAUGUCUUAGGAAAUUGUUUUUAUUGUCAGGUUUAUUUUAGUAAUUUCUACUCCCAACUUGGGACUCAAACUCACAACCCCGAGAUCAAGAGUCACAUGCUCUUCUGACUGAGCCAGGCCGGGCACCCCAGUUUUUUUUUUUUUUUUUUUUUUUUUCAAGUCAUAACACUUUAGAGGCAAACCGUUGUUAACCAGGCCCCUGCACAGUGUCCGGCACAGAGUGUAUACUCAAUAAGUGCUUUGAGUUAAAGGAGAAGAAGGAAGAAAGGAAAAUGUAAACGACAUUUAUUGUGUUCCCAGAAUGUGGCAAGCGUUGCUUUUGAUUCUCUUGCUUGGAAUGCCAUCGCACGGUCACAUGAAUGGAGGGAAGGGGGAGGGCAUGUUGAGAUAAUCUUGUUAUUCCUUAUUCAUAGGUGAAGGAACCACAGAUUAGAGAGGGCAGGUGAGUUGCCCAGAGUCCUUCAGCUAGCCAACAUUGCAUUCAGGUGUGAAAUCCAGAUGUUUGAAGCUCUGUGUCCAGAGAUUGGCUUCUCACUCAUCUGCUCUAAGACACUGUCUAUCCUAGAAACUCCAGACACCCCAUGGUGCUCCCCCAUCAAGGUGAAGUAUGGGGAUGUGUACUGCAGGGCCCCUCAAGGAGGAUACUACAAAACAGCCCUGGGAACCAGGUGUGACAUUCGCUGCCGGAAGGGCUAUGAGCUGCAUGGUUCUUCCCAGCUCAUCUGCCAGUCAAACAGGCGCUGGUCCGACAAGGUCAUCUGCAAGCAAAAGCGGUGCCCCGUUCUGGCCAUGCCAGCGAAUGGAGGGUUUAAGUGCGUCGAUGGUGCCUACUUUAACUCCCGGUGUGAGUACUACUGCUCACCAGGAUACACGCUGAAAGGGGAGCGGACGGUCACGUGCAUGGACAACAAGGCCUGGAGCGGCCGCCCAGCCUCCUGUGUCGAUAUAGAACCUCCUAGAAUCAAGUGCCCAAGUGUGAAGGAACGCAUUGCUGAACCCAAUAAGCUGACGGUCCGGGUGUCCUGGGAGACGCCGGAGGGCAGAGACACGGCAGAUGGCAUUCUAACUGAUGUUAUUCUAAAAGGCCUCCCACCAGGCUCAAACUUUCCAGAAGGAGACCACAAGAUCCAGUACACAGUCUAUGACAGAGCUGAGAACAAGGGCGUUUGCAAAUUUCGAGUUAAAGUAAGAGUCCGCCGCUGUGGCAAACUCAACGCCCCAGAGAACGGUUACGUGAAGUGCUCCAGCGAUGGCGAUAAUUACGGGGCCACCUGUGAGUUCUCCUGCAUCGGUGGCUAUGAGCUACAGGGUAGUCCUGCCCGAGUCUGUCAGUCCAACCUGGCCUGGUCUGGCACGGAGCCCACCUGUGCAGCCAUGAAUGUCAACGUGGGUGUCAGAACAGCAGCGGCACUUCUGGACCAGUUUUAUGAGAAAAGGAGACUCCUCAUUGUGUCCACACCCACAGCCCGGAACCUUCUAUACAGGCUGCAGUUGGGAAUGCUGCAGCAAGCACAGUGUGGCCUGGAUCUUCGACACAUCACCGUGGUCGAGCUGGUAGGUGUGUUCCCGACCCUCAUCGGCAGGAUAGGAGCAAAGAUUAUGCCUCCAGCCCUAGCUCUGCAGCUCAGGUUGUUGCUGCGAAUCCCACUCUAUUCCUUCAGUAUGGUGCUAGUGGAUAAGCAUGGCAUGGACAAGGAGCGCUAUGUCUCCCUGGUGAUGCCUGUGGCCCUCUUCAACCUGAUUGAUACUUUCCCCUUGAGAAAAGAGGAGAUGGCCCUGCAGGCUGAAAUGGGCCAGACCUGCAACACCUGAUGCCAUGGCUCUUCUCUUCGCAGUUCCUCUGGUCGUCCAACAGAGUGCCAUGCACACGGAAAGGCCUUAAAAGUAUCCUUGAUGUACAGAUUUUUAUUUGUAAUUUUUAAAGUCUAUUUUAAUAUGAGCUUUCUUUGCACUUAAGAAUUACCAUGAUGCUUUUUGUACUUGGAAGUGUACCAAAAAAUUAUGAAUAUGAUAUUUACUCUUUCUCUUUAUUCCAUCAUGGCUGGUUGAUUUUAUAGAGAAAUUAGAAACCACAACCAUACACAUGCUUUCAAUGUGUUAUUCAGUGUAACACAUAACUUCUAUUUUGUUUUUUUUUUUAUAUAAAACUUAUAUGAAUAAAAUAUUUUGGAGCAAA